CCCUCCGGCGGCCAUCUCCGUCCAGCCAAGCCGACAAAAACCAAUACCCGGCGGCCAUUCUCCGAAGUUUGACCAGUGCCAAUUGCUUCCUGGUAGCAUCACCGCCGCAUCAACUACCAACUGUCCGACGUCGACGAGAAGGUUACACCAAUCAUCCACAACAUGCAAUGCCGCUCAAAUCUCUAAGUUGUUAUGCCAAAACCUCUAAUCUAGGACUUCUAAUAUGUGCUUUGUAUCGAUUUGCUUCGGCUAUCAUACCUCCACGAGGCCUCACAAACAUACAUGGAUGACUCCAGGACACGGUGGGAUUAGGACUUCUCAUACCAGUGGGUCUGUUUCUUUCGGCAAUUUAUACGUUCUGUUCCAAAAGUUGAUUAUCUAACUCUUAGGCAUGGAUUUAUCAUGGCUCAUUUGGCACCUCAAAGCCAGGCAAAUUUCGAUUUCCAGAAUUACAUCAAAAGAUCACUUGAAAAAGAUUUCAGGGUGGUCGUUGGAAUCAGUCCUCCAAUGUGGCUUUUUGCGGUUUUCUUCCUUCUUUUCAACACUCAUGGCUGGUAUUCUUAUCUUUGGCUUCCAUUCAUUCCCUUGAUUAUCAUCUUAUUGGUUGGGACCAAGUUACAAGUGAUCAUCACAAAAAUGGGCCAAAGGAUUCACCAAAGGAAUGAAGUGGUGAAAGGAGUUGUGGUGGUUGAGCCUGGAGAUGACCUUUUCUGGUUCAAUCGUCCCCGUCUCCUUCUCUUUCUCCUCAACUUCGUUCUUUUCCAAAAUGCCUUUCAACUCGCGUUCUUCUCUUGGACUCUGUAUGAAUUUGGGUUGAAAUCGUGUUUCCAUGAGCACGUGGAGGAUGUCAUAAUCAGAAUCACAAUGGGGUAAGCUUAUUAUUUUCUCUUUUUCUCAACUUGUUUUUAAUUCAAUUCACCUCUCUUAAAAUUACAACUAAUUUUAGUUUUAUUUAGUUCAGUUCACUUUUGAUAAAUUUUUGAGGGAGACAGGUGGUAUCUAGAAGGGUUAUCGGGAAAAAGAAACAGGUGUUAUCUAG